AUGGCUUACGGACCGGGGCGUGGCAACCCUGUGAAGGAAGAGGGUGACUCCAAAGGUCAGCGAAUGACUCUUUCGCAAUCCAGCAGUGCAUCAAUUGGUAAAGCAAGGCAGCAGAAGAAGACGUUGGGACUUGAGAAACACAGCGAACAGGCACACGAGUCCGUCCUUCUGCGAAAAAGAGCGGACAUGAUGAGUGAUGAAGGGAUCCAUAUGCCUACUCAGGUACCUCAGGAUGCUCAGCUCAAUCAAGUGAUCCAUAAGUUCCAGUUGACGGGAACCAAGAAAGCAUUGCCAUUGCGACAAAUCAAUAUCAUGCUGAGUCUCAGCUGCCCUGACUGUGAUGGGGAAGGUCACAGACCUUCUUUAUCUUUGGGUCCGACGGUACAUCUUGCUGGCUUGGGUACCUUGGCCGCUUAUGCCCCCGCGUGGCAGGAGGUGCCGACACAGUUCGACAUGGAACUUUUGGUGCAUCUGUCGGCGAUGAAGCUGACUUGUCAAUUGGAUGAACGCUCUUCAGCUAUCGCUAUUAUUCAGGUUUCAAUUGGGAAGCACUGCCUGCUCCGCCGACGCAAGCCUUCCCCUCCCGGGUUCCAGCUGCUUCGAUUCUAUUGA